GCCAAGCGGCAGCCAUGCAGUACCCGCACCCCGGGCCCGGGGCCGCUGUUGGGGUACCCUUGUACGCGCCCACCCCGCUGCUGCAGCCCGUGCACCCGACGCCCUUCUACAUCGAGGACAUCCUGGGGAGGGGGCCCGGGGCCCCGCUGCCGCCAGCCGCUCCCACCCCCACUCCCACUCCUACUCUGCCUUCGCCCAACUCGUCCUUCACCAGCCUCGUGUCCACCUACCGGACCCCCAUCUACGAACCCACGCCAAUCCACCCCGCCUUCUCCCACCACCCGGCCGCGCUGGCCGCCACCUAUGGGGCAGGCACCUUCGCGGGGCCUCUCUACCCCUUCCCCCGGACGGUGAACGACUAUACGCACGCCCUGCUCCGGCACGACCCCCUGGGCAAACCCCUUCUCUGGGGCCCCUUCAUGCAGAGGCCCCUACACAAAAGAAAGGGAGGACAAGUAAGAUUCUCCAAUGACCAAACCAUCGAAUUGGAAAAGAAGUUUGAGACCCAGAAAUACCUUUCCCCACCUGAGAGGAAGCGCCUUGCCAAGAUGCUACAACUCAGUGAGAGGCAGGUGAAAACCUGGUUCCAGAAUCGACGAGCCAAGUGGAGAAGGCUUAAGCAGGAAAACCCUCAAAACAAAAAAGAGGAAUUGGAAAAUCCAGACCGUCACUGUGAUCAGAGACAAGAUAACUGUUUGCCCAGUGACCAGACGAAAGACCUCUCUUUGGAUAGCACGCAGUGUUCUCCCUCUCCUGCUUCCCAGGAAGAUUUGGACUCAGAGAUUUCAGAGGAUUCUGAUCAGGAAGUGGACAUUGAGGGGGAUAAAGGCUAUUACCAGGCAGGAUGAUGAGUGGACACCAGGAACCUGAGCAAAACUGGACUUGGGAACAAUAACAUUUAUUUUCUUUUAAUUGGAAGAUCUCUGUGGAAGAGCUGAGGGAAAAAAAUGAACCAAAGGGAAUUGCUUUCUCUCUUAUCAGAAACCUAAACAAUUUGGUGUUUUGGCUAGUUAACAAAUAUACACGUUAACCUUGAUUUUGUUACUAAAGAAAUAUCUAUGUUUUGAUUUUAAGUUGUAAUGUUAAAAGUGAUUUUGCACUGAUUAAGCAUAUUUCCCCAAGUAAAUUGCCACAGCCGGCUUACCAAAUUCUUGAUUUAAUUUAAAAUAAAAAUACAAUAUGUAGUUUUAAAGAUGCUUUUCUUAUUCCAGAUCUAUGAUCUAUUUAACACCACAGGAGAUUCCUUGUGCUUGAAGUCUCCUGGGGUGGACCCAGUCCCAAAUCCAGGUAACCUGGAUAUCACUUUUUAAAAAAGUGAAUUUAUUAUUUUUUUUUACUUUUAUCUAAAACUCACAGCACAUCUGACUUAAACCUGGUUAAACUUGGAAUUACUUCAGAGAUUUGCCUGUUAAUCUUGCUCUUUUGUCUGUAAAAUAUUCUGGAUAAGAUGCUGCCUUCUGCAAAUGUCUGAUUAUCUUCCAGUAACUAUUUGACAAGAAACUGUGAUAAAGGGCGUGACAGGCUAUUGAAGAGAAACUGACAUAUCAGUUACUAAAACUAAUCUCAAAUAUACUCGAAGUAGCAGGCUGAAUUUUAUAUAUAUAUAUAUAUAUGUAUGUAGAUUGUAGAUAAUUCUUUGUGGGUUUAUAUUGUUCAUUGUUUAUAUUGUGUAUAUACUUGUUCACCGUCAAAAAAAAAAAGGACAAAUUGACAAAAUGGUAUCUUUUUUUUUUUUAAGAGAGAAAUGUGUCUAUAAAACAAAUUCAUUGAUGAAUCAGCUGGAAGCUUCCAUGGCAUUCUGUUUUUGCUCUGUCAGAAAUUGCAAAAUAUAUAGAAUUCUCUGUUUCUG